AUGGACACAAAUGCUUUUGCAUCAGUGGCGUCAAUCAGCCCAAUGCGUAUCCCGCCGAUUAAACUCUCGCGAUUGGAUCAACGGGGGAAUCGAUCCAUCACCGACUCUCCAACAAAUCAACAACAAGAAUCGAGUCGCGUUCGCCGCAAAUCAGCGAUCAAAGCAGUGAGUGUCAUCAAGAAAGCACAACAAGGGAAAUCGUUAAGCGACGAUGAUGAAGAGGAAAUCGGGAAGAAAAUGGAGAAAACGAUUGACGGAGAUUUGUCGAUUUGUCAAAAGUGUCAGCAAAACGUAGCCGAGAGGGACCAAGAGAUUCACUCGAAAUCUCAUUUCAUUCGCUAUCAAUGCUCAAUGUGUGUCUAUUCAAGUUAUCAUAAAAAGGGAAUGAGAGCUCAUAUAUGGCAACGACAUGGAAAUGAGAACAUUCAAUGUUAUAAAGAAGAGGCUUCAAAGGAUUCACUCGACGAGCUUCUUCAGCAAUGUUUUGAGUCAAAGAAGUUGAAAUCACAGACGAAAGAGUUUGAGACUGUCGAAGUAUCGAAAGUUUCAAUUACAAAAACUCCACUCACAAGUCGACCAAAACUGUGCACCUAUAAGCUACUGAGUCGCUCGAUUGAAGGACAUGUGUAUUGGCAUUGCGGCGACAAAUAUGGAUCUCCAUAUCAAUGUUCAUUAUGUGAUUACAAGUCAAAUCAAACUGGUGCAAUCAGCACUCAUCUGCGCAAGAAGCACAACGGGAAAGGAGAACGAGUCGAGAUUGCCUGUGAUCAACUCUUUGCUCAAUCCGUUCACCUUUCCAUCGCCUGUUUCCCUCAAUUCGCCGACGCUUUUGAGAAUUGCAAAGGAGUCAUUGAAAGCAUUGAAAAGAAAUAUAAUAUGGAGCCUUUUUCAAAACCGUUCGCUUCAGAAAUUCCAAGCAAAAAGGAUAUCCCUGAAGCAAACUUACCAUUGAAGAAACGAGCCACAGAAGUAGUGAGAGUUGUUCCAGAGAUUCUCCGAUCCACACUACUCACAGAGACAAGAGGCGAACCGCCAUCCCAGCCUCUCGUCCUUCCAUUGCCGAGUGCUCCGAUGAAAUGGUUGAGAGAUCGACUUGAGACAGGAAUCAAUUGGAAUGGGUGGAAUGAUAAGCAUAAAUGUCUGAUGUGCGCCCAUUUCGUCCCAGCCGGCCACAUCCAAAAUCACGUACAGUUGCACAAGAAACCGCUCCGAUAUCGAUGUUCAAGUGAUCACUGUGCAUUUCAGACCGAAUCCUUUGAGAAAGCCACCGCGCACGGGAUCACGAACAUUGGUCAUCAAUGCGAGGAUCAGCUAGACGCAAUGCUGUUCACGAGCUGGGUCGGUCUUAUCCCGCAUUGCUUUCCGGCAUUUAUGGAUGUUUUCCCAAGAAGCGCUUUUGAUUGGGCUACAUUGAAUAAAGAAUUGGAAAGACGAGAAGAAGAGAUUCGUGAAGAGAAUUUCGAAAAGAAUGAUAUUCUUGAGGAUCAAGGACCCUUGACACCAAAAGAUGAUCAAUCCUUUGAGGCAAAUCCAUCAACCACAUCAUACCUUCACUUUCCUCAGCAACAACCAUUUCCGAUCGCCUUCAAUGAGAUGAAAGCUUCACAAUUCGUGCAUCGCAACUAUGCCCCAUUGAGACGAGACUGGGAAAAGAGUCGUUACUGUAAAGCAGAGCGAUGUCAAUUAUGCAAUGAAGAAGUCUACUUGUUGGGCGAUUUCGUCGGCUCGCUCAUCAUGCACGUGAAAAUUCACUCAUCUCGUCCAAAUUUCCAAUGCUCUAAUUGUUUACGUUUUGGAUAUACAGUGAAUGAUAUUGAUGAACACGGAAAAUUGGCUCAUUCGGGACAAGAAUUCCGGACAAUUGAUGUCAAAGAUGAACGCUUGGAGUUUGAAUGGUUUCUCUUGGCGAAUAACUGCUUUCCGAAAUAUUCGAAGAAAUUCAUGCAAACCGAGAUAUUCAGCACGACGAAUUGGAUAGUGCGAAAGCUUUCAUCGACUGAAAUGCAAAAUGCGAGGAAGAAUCGAGAAUUGGCGAGGAUUGCGGGCACUAACAACAAUUUCUCUUCCACACAAAGCAAGCAAGAGCCCAUCUCAGAUACGAUCUCAAAAAUCAUUGCCAAAGCGACCGCGAUGCCGAACCAUUUUUACGAGAAUGAGGUUCGACCCUUAUCGGCUCCACAAAUCGCCGAAUCAAUCACCAACCAACCAACAAGUCACCCAGCGACAACGAGUCUCUACUACCUGCAACUG